UUCAGAGCUAAAAACCCUAAAUCUUCUCGGGAAUUUCAUUUUGGGGUUCAAUUUCAAUCACUAGAAGGGGAAACGUUAUCCCUAGUGAUAUUCUCCGGCGUCGAAGGUAACGAGAGGUUAGGGCAUUCUGGUGGAGGAGUAAUGGGAGACGACCAGCUGGAUUUCGAGCUCCCCGAAGAGGUUCUGUCGGUGAUUCCGAUGGACCCUUUCGAGCAGCUGGAUCUCGCGAGGAAGAUCACGUCAAUGGCGAUAGCUUCAAGGGUGACGAAUCUGGACUCUGAGGUUGUGGAAUUGAGACAGAAGCUUCAGGAUAAGGAAAGUGUUGUGCGUGAGCUUGAGGAGAAAGCGUCUCGCCUUGAGAGAGACUACCGUGAGGCUGAUUCGAGGUUGAAGAUCGUCCGCGAGGAUAAUAUGAACCUGACAAAGGAGAAGGAUUCACUGGCAAUGACUGUGACUAAACUCACUCGUGAUUUGGCUAAGCUGGAGACAUUCAAGCGGCAGUUAAUCAAAUCCCUGAGCGACGAGAGUGGUCAUCAAACAGAACCUGUUGAUAUUAGGACAUGCGACCAGUCAUUUACUGGAUCAUAUCCAGUUAAAGAUGAAAGGACCAACGUACACUCAGUAAACCAUUCUUACAGUGGAUCUGCAGACAUGAACAAUCCAACUGUUGAAGCUUCAAAAUACACCGGAAACAAAUUUUCAAUGACACCAUACAUCUCUCCACGUCUUACCCCAACAGCAACACCGAAGAUCAUCUCCACAAGUGUAUCCCCUCGAGGCUAUUCUGCGGCGGGUUCUCCUAAAAGAACAUCAGGUGCAGUUUCUCCCACAAAGACAACAAUCUGGUACCCUUCAAGUCAACAAUCAUCUGCUGCAAAUUCCCCACCUCGCAACCGUUCACUCCCAGCUCGUACACCUCGGAUGGACGGUAAAGAAUUUUUCAGACAAGCCAGGAGCCGAUUAUCAUAUGAACAAUUCAGUGCCUUCUUAGCUAACAUCAAGGAACUCAACGCUCAGAAACAAACCCGAGAGGAAACUCUGAGGAAAGCAGAUGAGAUAUUUGGGGAAGAUAACAAAGAUCUCUACCUAUCUUUCCAAGGUCUUCUCAACAGAAACAUGCGCUAGACUUUCGUAAACCCGGACUCUUGAAUAUCGACCAAUGUUAUAGGAUCAUAACCAUUGUAGUAUGUGUAUGCUCGACCAAAUCUAGCGACAUGGAAUGUGUUAUUUUCCCUUCUCAUUCUCGCUUUCGUCCUAAAUGCAUUUUUGCUAAAUUGGCGUUGAAUGGAAGCUUUAUUUAAACCGAUUGUAUUUUGAAUAGCAUGAAUUCUUCCAGCAUAUACGACGUUGUUCUACAUCAA